CCGCGGCCCGGCGCCCGCGCGCUCGGCUCUUUCCGCCGCCGCCGCUGCCCCGCGCGCCCCGGCACCUUCGGCAAUUUCCGUCGGGGCCGGGCCGCCAUUUUCUCGCCGCUCGUGUGGCUCGCUGGCUGCGUGGCUCGGUUCUGGGGAAGAGAGAAGCUUUGUCCGGCUCGGCAAUGGACGGAAUAGUCACUGAGGUCGCUGUUGGUGUGAAGAGAGGAUCUGACGAACUACUCUCAGGCAGUGUUCUCAGUAGUCCCAACUCUAAUAUGAGUGGCAUGGUAGUUACAGCCAAUGGUAAUGACAGUAAGAAAUUUAAAGGAGAAGAUAAAAUGGAUGGUGCUCCUUCUCGUGUACUUCAUAUUCGAAAAUUGCCUGGUGAAGUGACAGAAACCGAAGUCAUUGCUUUAGGCUUACCUUUUGGUAAGGUAACCAACAUCCUUAUGCUGAAAGGAAAAAACCAGGCAUUUUUGGAACUGGCAACAGAGGAAGCGGCUAUUACCAUGGUUAAUUACUAUUCUGCUGUGACACCUCAUCUUCGUAACCAACCAAUUUAUAUCCAAUACUCUAAUCACAAAGAAUUAAAGACAGAUAAUACAUUAAACCAACGUGCUCAAGCCGUUCUUCAAGCUGUGACAGCUGUUCAGACAGCAAAUACUCCUCUUAGUGGCACCACAGUUAGCGAGAGCGCAGUGACUCCAGCCCAGAGUCCAGUACUUAGAAUAAUUAUUGACAAUAUGUACUACCCUGUAACACUUGAUGUUCUCCACCAAAUAUUUUCUAAGUUUGGUGCUGUACUGAAGAUAAUCACAUUCACAAAAAAUAACCAGUUUCAAGCUUUGCUUCAGUAUGGUGAUCCAGUAAAUGCCCAGCAAGCAAAACUAGCCCUAGAUGGUCAAAACAUUUAUAAUGCUUGCUGUACACUAAGGAUUGAUUUUUCCAAACUUGUGAAUUUGAAUGUAAAAUACAACAAUGAUAAAAGUAGGGAUUAUACCCGACCUGACCUUCCAUCUGGAGAUGGACAGCCUGCCCUGGACCCAGCCAUUGCUGCAGCGUUUGCCAAGGAAACAUCCCUUUUAGCUGUUCCAGGAGCUCUGAGUCCUUUGGCUAUUCCAAAUGCUGCUGCAGCAGCUGCUGCAGCUGCGGCUGGCCGAGUGGGUAUGCCUGGAGUCUCAGCCGGUGGCAAUACAGUCCUGUUGGUUAGCAAUUUAAAUGAAGAGAUGGUUACGCCCCAAAGUCUGUUUACCCUCUUCGGUGUUUAUGGAGAUGUGCAGCGCGUGAAGAUUUUGUACAAUAAGAAAGACAGUGCUCUCAUACAGAUGGCUGAUGGGAACCAAUCACAGCUUGCCAUGAAUCAUCUUAAUGGACAGAAAAUGUAUGGGAAAAUCAUUCGUGUUACCCUCUCUAAACAUCAGACCGUACAGCUACCUCGAGAGGGCCUUGAUGACCAAGGGCUAACAAAAGAUUUUGGUAAUUCUCCAUUGCAUCGUUUUAAGAAGCCCGGAUCCAAAAAUUUUCAAAAUAUUUUUCCUCCUUCUGCAACCCUUCACCUAUCUAAUAUCCCUCCUUCAGUAGCAGAAGAGGAUCUCCGAACACUGUUUGCUAACACUGGGGGCACUGUGAAAGCAUUUAAGUUUUUUCAAAGAGAUCACAAAAUGGCUCUUCUUCAGAUGGCAACAGUGGAAGAAGCUAUUCAGGCCUUGAUUGAUCUUCAUAAUUACAACCUUGGUGAAAACCACCAUCUGAGAGUAUCUUUCUCCAAGUCCACAAUAUAAAGAAGGAAGGGAAGAGGAAGACUGGGGUGAAUCACAUUGUUUGGUGUCAUCACCUGUUGACUGUUCAGAAAAGUGGGGACCAGAGUUUGAUUUUUUUUCAUGCUGUUAUCAUUCCUUGGUUAUAAAAUGAAUUGGCUUAUGUAAAGGCAGAGUCAUUAACUGCUCUAUUUCAUCUGUUGUAUAGGGAAGCCAUUUUUAUUGUCUGUUUAAAAUUUCAGUUUAAUUUUGCUUUUUUUUUUUCAACUUAGUUGACAUACGUGCCUUACAAAGGAAAACUAGUGUUGCUGUUGUGCAUUUACUAGAGAAAACGGAAUUGGUUGUCUAGGGCACAUUGUUAAAUGGAAAUUAAAAUAUGUUUAGGCAGGGGUGUGUAAAAAGGUUAAGUUUUUGUUUCUCCUGCUUGGAACUUCUUUUGGAUUAUUGGCUUAUCACAUUUCUUUGUACUUAAUCAAAUAAGAUACUUGAUAUUGAAAGAAUAAAGAGGCAUUUUUAGUUUUUACUACCUUAGGCUUUAUUGCUUUUUAAACGAAAAACAUUGGCCUUUUAUAUCUCACAAUUCUGGUCUAGAUUCAGUUCUGAAUGUAGGCAUUAGUUAAAAUUAACACGAUGCAGAGUAUUAAUUUCUUGAGAGGAAGUGAUUUCUGUAAGUUUGAACCCUACGUGGACAGCAUUGUGGAAUCUUAACCUUUUUGUACACACUCUUGUGGGACGUAUCACAUAACUGUCAGCACUAAGUAAUGUCUUGUUUGUGGCUGAAUAUUUUUCGUAGAUGUUUUUGAAGUUGACAUGACUUAUGUGCAUUUAAAUAUAUAUUGCCAUCCUUAGUUUGUAAUUAAGAUUUGGAAUAUGGUUGUGGAUUUCUGAGCAUGUGCAGACUGGUCUAGCUAGUUCAGGAACUGGUGCAUGUAUUUUUCGAAGACAAAGAAAGUGUACUGCGAAAAUUUGCAGGAAGAUUAAUUUUGUGGCAGUUUUCUAAAACUGACAACCAGGUGGGACCAAAGUUUAUGUGCCUUUAGUCUUAAUUUACCUUGCAUUGUAAUAUUCAGUUUUAAUAAAUCUUCAAAAUAUUUUGUAUUUAGGAAUAGAUCUGACUUUAAUAAAAACAUGGCUCAGAAUCUACAGGUCAAAUUUAUUUGAACAGUUCUUGUCAAUCUGAAUUGUUGAUUCUGUUAAAUGACCAAUACUUUUUGAAAUUGAUGUACUUAGUUUCAAGAUUCAUAGAUUCUGUUACCUAUGUAGACAGAAUGGUCAUGUAUAUUUUCUAUUAGUUGAGUUUUUACAUCUUUAGAAAUGUAAAAUUCAGUAUAGUUUGAAAGCGGCACAAUUAAAAAUUAAUUUUCUAACAAA